AUGAAUAAGUGCACGCUCCUAUUCGGGGCUGCAGUCGCCGUAUACCUUUUGCAUUUGAGGGCUGGUGCAUGUUUGAGGGCGGAUCGCAGGAACCUCAGCGAUCUUAAGAUGGCUCCUGGGGACUUCCUUAACAAAUAUGACCAUAAGUUGCAGCGGUUCGCCAGAUUCUUCGGCUAUGCUGUGGUCACGCUGAUGCUGAUUUUGUUCUUCGGCCUGGUUCCACACUGGAUUCUUUCGAUAAUCUCCCUGGCACUCGGUGAUCCCGCCUCAACGUUUUUCAUCCCGAGCCAGCUUCGACUCAACACUUGGGAAACUUAUGUUGCGUUAACAACAUGGUUUGGCCUUACAUACGCUUUUGCGCACUUGCGCAAGCAGUACGAACAAGAAAACAGAUUCAACCCUCAGCUGAUCUCUCAAGAAGUUAAAGAACAAUGGAAGCGUAUUACGUCACAGUAG